AUGGGCGAAAUCGAAUCUUAUUGCAACAAAGAGUUGGGACCAUUGCCAACAAAAGCUCCAACUUUGUCAAAGAACGUGCUUGACUUGUUUUCCCUUAAGGGUAAAGUUGCUUCUGUGACUGGAUCAUCUGGUGGUAUUGGUUGGGCUGUUGCUGAGGCUUACGCUCAAGCUGGUGCAGACGUAGCCAUUUGGUACAACUCCCAUCCAGCUGAUGAGAAAGCUGAACACUUGCAAAAGACAUAUGGGGUCCGUUCGAAAGCUUACAAGUGUAACAUUAGUGACCCAAAGAGCGUUGAAGAAACCAUCUCUCAACAAGAAAAAGACUUUGGAACCAUUGACGUGUUUGUCGCUAAUGCUGGUGUGCCUUGGACUGAAGGACCUGAAAUCAAUGUCGAUAACUACGAUUCAUGGAACAAAAUUAUCAACCUAGACUUGAAUGGUGUAUACUACUGUGCUCAUACCGUUGGUAAGAUUUUCAAGAAAAACGGCAAAGGCUCCUUGGUGAUUACUUCAUCCAUGUCGGGUACCAUUGUUAAUGUUCCUCAAUUGCAAGCAGCCUACAAUGCAGCAAAAGCUGCUUGCACUCAUUUGACUAAAUCCUUAGCAGUUGAAUGGGCUCCAUUUGCUAGAGUGAAUUGUGUUUCUCCAGGUUACAUUGCCACUGAAAUUUCUGAUUUUGUUGAAAAAGACAUGAAAGCCAAGUGGUGGCAAUUGACACCAUUGGGAAGGGAAGGUUUGGCCCAAGAAUUGGUUGGUGCUUACUUGUAUUUGGCAUCUAAUGCUUCGACUUAUACUACUGGUGCUAACCUCGCUGUCGAUGGUGGUUACACUUGUCCAUAG